GGAGCGUCUGCGCCGGCCUUCCUGACCUGGGACUUCUUUCCAGCUCUCGCGAGACUUUCAGGGGUCGGAGCGCGGGGGCCGGCCGAGAGGAAAGCUGGAGGCGCGGGUGGGGAACAUGUCUGAGUCGGAGCUCGGCAGGAAGUGGGACCGGUGCCUGGCGGAUGCGGUCGUGAAGAUAGGUACUGGUUUUGGAUUAGGAAUUGUUUUCUCACUUACCUUCUUUAAAAGAAGAAUGUGGCCAUUAGCCUUCGGUUCUGGCAUGGGAUUAGGAAUGGCUUAUUCCAACUGUCAGCAUGAUUUCCAGGCUCCAUAUCUUCUACACGGAAAAUAUGUCAAAGAGCAGGAGCAGUGACUUCACCUGAGAACAUCCCAGCGGGAGGACAAGAGAAAUCAUGUUUAUUCCUCAGGAAUACUGAAGUGCCCUGGAGUAAGCUGCCAUUCUUCUGUAACAAUGUUAUCAGUAAUGCUUUAAACUCCAGCACCUGGUUAUGCAUUUGAAACCAAGUCUGUUUCUUGUUUUGUAUUUUCUCUCUGGAAGUUGUAAGGAGGUGGUCUUAAAUAAAUUAAACAAAAAUAGGAA